AUCAUGCCAAAGCUCUCAGCAAAAAUACAUCACUCUCAGAAAUGUCUCGAAAUGCAUGGAAGCAUUGCGCAUCAUAUGGGCCAAUCACGCGUGAUUAGCGUGGGUGACUCCCUUCCCAUUUCACUCACUCGGAAUUGCCGGGGACUCAGAGGCCGUCCGUCAUCUCCUUGAAUUCGCUGCUAUUUAAUCCAGCUCGGAUUGGCCCCUACCAGUGUCUUAGCUUUCUCCUCGAUCACAAGAUGUCAUCCUCACUGAAGAAAUCCAGCUCACAAGACACCCUGCGGGGUGCUAGUACGCCUGAUAUUGCAAAGGCGGAUAUCUACGAUGAGGGUGUCGUCGAUCCUGUGUACGCAGCCAAGUCUCAUGUACUCAACAGGGCAUUGCAGGAGAUCGGCAUGGGCAAAUAUCAGUGGGGUCUCUUCGCUGUCGCAGGCUUUGGCUGGUUCUCGGACAGUGUUUGGCCGCUCCUCACGAGCUUGAUACUCUCGCCCGUUCUACUCGAAUUCGAAUUCAACGGACCUUUUCUUUCCCUCGCCUCGAAUAUCGGGUUGUUGGUUGGUGCGAUACUGUGGAGCUUUGGGUGUGAUAUCUGGGGUAGAAAAUGGUCCUUCAACCUCACGCUCUUUAUGGCCAGCAUAUUUGGUAUCGCCUCGGGUGGAUCUCCAAAUUUCGUCGCUCUCGCUGCCUUGGUGGCCGUGCUCGGUGUAGGCGUUGGUGGAAACAUGCCCGUCGAUUCUGCUGUUUUUCUCGACUUCGUUCCGGCUUCACAUCAGUACCUCCUCACCGUCCUCUCGAUCUGGUGGGCGAUAGGCCAGCUGGUCGGUUCCUUGGUUGCCUGGCCCCUCAUAGCUAACUUCUCCUGUCCCACCGACGCCACCCCCGAAACCUGCUCCCGUUCACAAAAUAUGGGCUGGCGUUACACUGUCUUUACCCUAGGAGGCCUCAUGCUCAUUCUCUCCUUCGUCCGCCUCUUUGCCUUCAAACUCUUCGAGUCUCCGCGGUAUCUCCUCGGACACGGUCGAGACGCAGAAGCUGUUGCCGUGGUGCGUCAAAUCGCAGAAUAUAACGGCCUAGGCUCUGGAGAUACCGAGAGUAACCGAGGAAGGAUCAGUGUGGAGGAAUUGAACGAGGCUGCAAAGGCGGUGGAGGACAAGAUGGAGAGGCAGGGGAAAGGGGGUGAGGUGGGUGAGUGGAGGAGGUGGAGGGUGCUGAGUGAGGAGAGUUCGUGGAAGAUGGCUCAUGUCAGGAAUUUGUUUGGGACGAGGAAGAUGGCAUGGUCGACUUCGUUGUUGAUCGCGCUUUGGGGUAUUAUUGGACUGGCAUCGACGUUGUACAACAGUUUCUUGCCUUACCUACUCGCAAGUCGUGGAGCCCAAUUCGACGACGCGACCUAUUACACUACUUAUCGCAACCAGGUCAUCCUCUCUAUUACCGGUAUACCUGGCGCCUUCCUUGCAGGCUGGGCCGUCGAACUCCCUUGGUUCGGGCGCCGUGGCACAUUGGCGAUCUCUGCGGGCGAGUACUCUUCUCUGCUCCCAUCUCACCACUUCACUUUCCUUGGUCCAUUCUUGUCCUACCCUCUCCCUUCAAACGUUUUCCUUGUUCUCCCUUCCUUCACCUUUCUUCCCUUCAAGUUUCUUUUGACUUUAUUUUUGGCUGCCCCUGCCGUCCUUCUCCAUAUUCCGCGGCUAACGGGUGCCUUCCUCUUUGCGAGUACCACCGCGCGCAGCUCCAACGCGCUGCUCGGGUGGAACUGUGGGUACGCGUUUAACAGUAACAUCAUGUACGGCGUUCUCUACGCUAUCUCGCCCGAGCUGUUCCCUGCGAAAGAUAGAGGGACAGGGAACGGACUGGUCUCGACUGCGACGAGGGUGUUUGGUGUCAUCGCUCCCAUCAUCGCGCUCUACGCUAACAUCAAUACGCCCGUGCCCGUUUAUAUUGCUGGGGCGCUGAUUAUUGCGGCUGGUGGGAUGGCCUUAUUGUUGCCGUUUGAACCCAGGGGAAGGGCGUCGAUAUAGGCGAGCACCGACAAACAUUGCCGUCUGUCACUGAUGAGUGAUUGUCGGGAUGGAGGGCGCGGUGUUGUGGUGGGCAGGUGGAUGUGGUGGUUGUCGUGUGGUGGGUGACGCGGAAGUAAGGAAAGAAGAUAUAAGGUAGGAUUUGUGUUCAUCGUUUCGAUCUCUUGAUUAUUUUGGGUCUAGACGGGUGGGUGUAAACGUCAAUGUACGUGGAAGAAUUGUUUGAUUGUUCUGUUCUGUUCUGUUCCGUUCUGUCGUGUUGUGUUGUGUGUUCGUGCUUGAGUACUCACUCGAUAGAAAUAGCCUGUCGAAAUGUUUGGUUUCCCUUCAUAUCUGCGUUGCUUUUCUUAUUAGCUAUCUUUUAUGAAUUCGUAUGGAAUUGAAUCUCCU